AUGGACUCUCUGGUAGCGAGCUACGCUUCAUCGGACGAAGAAGAAGAACAACGCCCACCACAGAGAGAAUCUUUCACCGUAAAAUCGUCUCUGUUCUCGAUUCUUCCUCAACCCAAAGAAGAAUUCAGAUCUUCCGAAGAUGGGGCUUUUGGUUCAUCUUCUUCCACUCGAGGGAAACCUUCUUCUUUCCUCUCCUCUCUCCCACCUCCAAAAUCCUCGAUUUCUCGGCAGAAAACCCCCGCUCCGUCUUCAAUUCCGGCGUUACCUAAACGAGUCGUUCAGAUCAGGCUUCCCGUAAACCCUAAACCGAGCAAUCUAGAUGAUGACGACGAAGAAGAGGAGAAAGCGAGGAAGAAGCGUAGACAGAUGGAGUCUGCUGCGGAAUCGCACGAUUCAUCAGUGAAAUCGUUCUUAUCCGCCAUGCCUGCACCAAAGAGCUCGCAAGCACUCGGCGCUCUUCCUUCGCUGGGAUCAGGGUCAGGUCGAAGAUCGAACCUCGAAACAGAAACACCUGCCAUUAGUCAAACGGAACCAGGUUCUGAUCAAAGCCAGAGCUAUGAGUCGCUUAGUCAUAGCACCGAAACGGAUCAAACUGCUGGAGUAGAUAACUAUUAUGCUGGUUAUAGUGGAUACGAAACAAACCCUAGUGGUGGUAGUGGAGGUGCUUCUGGUUAUGUUGGAUACGAUGGUAGUAGCUAUGGAGGUAAUACUUGGAAUGGUGUUGCGAUUGAGGAAACAACGGGAUUGCCCGAAGCGUUUGUAGCCAUGGAUAGUGGCGCGAGGAGAGGAAGGAGAGGGAGGAACGAUUUUCCAACGGAGAUAGUUGAGGUCAAGCAAGAUGAGCUCAUGAAGAAUAGGCCCAGAGUUGAUCAGGUUAAAUCAACCGGAAUCGCCUUUGGACCUGCGUAUCAGCCAGCGUCAUCUUCGGCUAAGGGGAAAGUGUCAAAGCUUCACAAGAGGAAGCAUCAGAUUACAUCGUUAUUCAUGGAUAUGAAGCACAAGGAGACGGAGUUAGCAGAGAGACGUUCAAGAGGAUUGCUUACGAAAGCCGAGACACAAGCUAAAUACGGAUGGUGA